CUCCAAUAUGAUUGCAUUUGGAAAUUAAAAUUAAAAUUUUAAAAAAUAAAAUAAAUCUGAAAAAUCUGAGGUUCAUUAAAAAAGGCAGUAGCUUUCAAAAGCCAAAUAAAAGAGAACAAUCGGAGAGAUCCAAAAGGCUCUUCUUCUGUCCAUCAAUCUCUGUGUUUCUCUUUUAUUUUUCUGAUCGAUCUCAGAUAAAAUCUUGGAGAGAGAGAGAGAGAGAGAGAGAGAGAAAAUGGCGAGCGGUGGUGGGUAUGGAGACCCGAGUCAGAAGAUAGACUACGUAUUCAAGGUGGUGCUGAUAGGGGAUUCGGCGGUGGGGAAGUCUCAGAUAUUGGCUCGGUUCGCGAGGAACGAGUUCAGUUUGGAUUCUAAAGCCACCAUCGGAGUUGAGUUUCAGACUAGGACUCUUGUCAUUGAGCAUAAGAGCGUCAAGGCUCAGAUCUGGGACACUGCUGGCCAAGAACGAUAUAGAGCGGUAACUAGUGCAUACUACAGGGGUGCUGUUGGGGCAAUGCUGGUUUAUGACAUAACAAAACGCCAGAGUUUUGAUCACAUACCAAGAUGGCUGGAAGAGCUUCGUAGCCAUGCUGACAAGAAUAUUGUCAUCAUUAUGAUAGGGAACAAAACUGAUCUUGAGGACCAACGUGCAGUCCCCACUGAAGAUGCCAAAGAAUUUGCUCAGAAAGAAGGAUUAUUUUUCUUGGAGACAUCAGCAUUAGAAGCGACUAAUGUUGAGAACGCCUUCUUGACUGUGCUGACGGAGAUCUUCAACAUUGUGAACAAGAAGAACCUAUCUGCUGGUGAAAAUCAGGGUAAUGGAAAUCCUGCAUCCCUGUCUGGAAAGAAGAUCCUUAUCCCAGGCCCUGCACAAGAAAUCCCAGCGAAGAACAAGAUGUGCUGUACAUCAUUGUGAUUUCAUUGAAUAUGAAUUCUUGAUAUAGGAUUCUUUAUUCUACUUAUAAUAGAAAUUUUUGAGGGUUGUGGAGUUUUUUAAUUUGUAUAUUUGUUUACAUCUGCUUCAGUUUUAGUUAAUGUGAGAGCUGGUGAAUUGCUUGUUGUGAUAUGGGAGAUAAAAAAACUAAAGAGGAAGCUAAGUUUCAGAUCGCAUAUUGGUUAUCUAUUAAUUUGUAUGGUUUCUAUCACAUUCUCAAUCAAUCGUGUGAAUGAAUUGGAAAAUCUCUGACCUUAUCGUUGCA